UGCCAAAAUUGGUCAUUGUCUUGUCUCUUUGAUCCCAAGUGCCGCUUCCACUUUGAAUUCCAUCCCCAUCUCCUCCCUAUCGAUGCCGAUAAGAUAAUCCAGAUGAUACCGAUACAGUACCACACCAGCAUAUCCUAAAUCAACUUGCAACUUUAUAUCUUUCAAAAUGGACAUUGCGUUGUGUUAGGGACGAUUCCACGGUGAUUCCCGUUCGCUGAAAGAUGAUGUCCACCGUGGAGAGAGGGAGCACCCUUCUCAGCAGAUCCUCAAGCAUGACAAGCACUAUUUCAGUGAAGCGAGAACUUACACCCCAAUCCUCCGUAUCCGAUCCUGCUCUUCAUCAUAUCCACGACCGCCUUGACCAGCUCGACUGCAAAGUGCGAGAACUCCAUUCCACCGUUCUGACAAAGAACGGUUAUGUUGACCGACGAAACAAAGAAGAUGAAUCAAUACUACGAGAAUUUGACGCCCAAAGAUCCCUCACAUCCAAAAUUGAACAUGCAGUUGGCAAAACAAAAACCGACGUUAAUCAGAUCCGAAUCGACGCCUCCCAUUUGAGGACUGAAAUCCUGCAGCUCAGAACCCAUGUUGAUGAACUCGGAUCAAACGAUGCACUUCUGCAUAGCAAUGUCAGUCGCGUACAGAACGCUGUCAACCAACUCCAACUCGAUGUCCAACGGCUUCACACAAACGUAUGCACAACAGGAGCCGAUGUGUGUCAAGUUCAGGCUAUCGUUAGCCAGCUUCGGACGAGAAUGAACCACACAGAACGGGUUCGUUUUAACUCUCUUGCACACACUGUCCACGCUCCAAUCACCCCUGUACCGUUUGUUGAAGAGGAUGGAACCGUUCGAUGGCCAGAAUUCUUCCCUAGAACUGUCUGGAAAUUUUGGUGUUUAAAACGACGAAAUAGGGUUCACCGACUUGUUGAAUUAGCGGAGUUUUACCAGCUGGAGGGAUACCAAUACUGGGGACGCAUGCCACACCCCCAUGGUUCAAUAUUUCCAGGAGACGGAUAUUUGAGUGAUUCCAGUGACUCCAGUGACCUACCAUCCGAUCUGACUCGCGCCGAAGCUGCCCGGCUUUAUCCAGAGGCUUGCCAUCAGGCUUUGGCUGCCACAUUAGGUUUGGUCUAUUAUAAAAUUCGAAAUGAAGUGGGCGAAGGCCCGAAUCAGCACAUCAUCACAACUACCCACAAACGGGCCCACGACGAAAUUGGAUCGAUAGCCUCGGGGAAACCGAAACCAGCGAAGCUCUCUCGACGAUCGAACGAAAUCUCUCCAGCGGCCCUCCACAAAAUCGUACCGCCAGGCUCUGCUGUUGAUACUAAAUCCAUUGUUUCAGAAGGCUUGGACAAGCUCGGCUGGAAUGCAUAUGGCUCUCAAGUAUCCGACGAAGCAAUGAAUAAACUCAAAGACAUUGUUACAGACGAAGUCAAUUCCCUCCUUCUCCAGGCCUUGGAACGUGGUCGUAUUAAGAUUCAACCAAGCCGAAUGGAACGAAAUCAAGCCUCACCAACAGGCUCCGCGAAGCUCAGUGCCCUGUCAAGAUCGCCUGGCGCAGAUGGUGCUGCAAGCUCGGGUGAUGAGGAUAUGCGAACAGUUGCUACGGAGAUAAUAUCCCCUGUCUCUUAUUCUGAAGAUGGCCGUUGGGCUAAAGAAUAGGAAUUCGACUACCAGAGUCCCUUUCCUUCGGUAUAUAUAUUAUUUUUUUUUCGGUGUUUGGCGGCGUUUAUCAGGCAUGCUUGCUCAAGCUUUUAACACAACCAUACGAGUAUUUGAUAUGGUUCAGGAGUCUUAUGGGCUACGAAGUUCAUACUCUUCCUCUUCCUCGACCUUACAAUAUUGGCGUCCGGCGGAAAUUAGAUCACGUUGAUAUUGUACCAUAGCAUGCAUGAUACCCCCAAGAUCGCCUCAUGACGGAUAUGACCUACUACUAUUCAUCGACAAUGGCCGGAUUGGCGUCGGAGUUUCCAACCACUAGCUUCGUCUUCUCUAUAUCCGGCGUUUUCAAUUUGCGUCCCAAGGUACCGAAUACCGACAUACCUACGACCUUGCUCUCUAUUAUCUGAUGAGAUGUUCUAUUUGAAUCGCGCAUUCUUUUUAAUGGAGUUUUGUUUUGGAGUAUUCUAUUGUUUAUGCUUUAGCUUGUUUUGUCUCAUCCCACUAUAUACCCUCCUCGUCUAUUAUUCUACACCUUGGUAAAAGAAGACGGUUGCUCAGUAUAGCCACAUUGCUCCCAGCAAGAUGGGUCAUUGGCUGUGCGCGUAUAGUCUUGUACUCUGGGCGUUGUUGUGUCUGAUAACACCCUUAGCUACUUCGUAGAUUAGUGACCGUGGGUAAAUAUGCUUAUUAGCAUA